AGAUUUAUUUAUUGUGGAAACAUUGAAUUAAAAAAUUUACAAGUUGAAGAUAUGUUGAAAUUGUUAUUAGCAGCAGAUGAACUUAACAUUCAACAACUAUCUUCUUAUAUUCAAGAAUAUUUAAUUGAAAAUAAUGCGGAUUUUUUACGUCAAAAUCCAAGUGAAAUUCUCGAAAUAAUAUUUCACGAACGUAACGCGUUUGAAAUAUUGUGCGAUUUUUGUGUAGAAAGAAUCUGCGCAGAACCGAAAAACUGGUUUAAUUCUGAUAAAUUUUUAUCUUUGAAACCUUCUCUAUUAGAACUAUUAUUAAAAAGCACAGAUUUGAAAAUGAAUGAAAUCGAAAUUUGGGAGAAAAUAUUAAAUUGGUGUUUUGCGGAACAAAAAGUGGAAAAUGAUCCAACAAAAUGGAGUAAAGAUGAUGAAGAAAAGAUUAAGGAAUCUUUGAAAAGGUUUAUUCCUUUAAUUCGAUUUUAUGAUAUCGAACCUGAGGAUUUCUUUUACAGGGUGUACAAUUUUAAAAAAAUAUUACCGAAAGAUUUAAUUCAUAAUCUUUUAGAAUUUCACGUAGUACCUAAUCAAAAACCUAAAUCUGACGUAUUACCUUCAAGAUUUUCGAAACUGGGCUCAAGUCUACUUAAUUCAAAGGUGAUACCUUUAUUUGCUUCAUGGAUCGAUAGAAAAGAUCCAUCAUAUAAUUAUGAAAAUCUCCCAUACGACUUUAAAUUAUUACACAAAUCAAACCAGAAUUUUAAUAAUGGGUUUAAUGCAACAUCCUUUCAUAGGGAUUGUGACAAUAAAGGUGCCACAAUUUGGAUAGCAAAAAUCCAAGAUUCAACGCAAUUAAUUGGAGGAUAUAAUCCUCUCGAUUGGAAUGGAAAUUGUGGUAGUAAGAGUACCGAUGAUAGUUUUUUAUUUAACUUUACAGACAUUACAAAUAUUACAACCGCGAGGUUGGGUUAUGUUAGUACUUCGAUUGGAGCAGUGUAUUGUAAGAAUAAUCAAGGACCCAGUAUGGGGAAUUUAUAUUGUUCCAAUUCUAAUAAUUGGAUUUAUGGAGUAAAUGGGGAUUGUUAUCCUCAAUUGGGUAUUUCGGCAAAUAUCACAGUUGAAGAUGUCGAAGUAUUCCAAGUUAUUAAAAGACAAUAAUAAAAGCUUUCAAGUUUUUAGGAGGUUUUUUUUUAAGUAAUUAAGACGUUAAGUGAUACUAAUCAAGAAACUCGAUUUUUGGUUAGUUUGAUUGUUAAAUAUGGUUUAAGUAUUUUAAGCGUUUCUAUAGCGCAUUGUUUUUAUGCUUUAUGCUUUAUGCUUUAUAUUUUAUGCCUUAUGAUUUUAUGUAUAUGCCUAUUAUACCUCCUAAAUCCUAUUUUUAUGACUAUGAUUAUGUUUAUGUUUAUUUUAUGUCUAUAAGAUAUUUUAUUUAUUUAUUUGAAUAAAGAAAUAAGA